GUCUCCAUGGCGACGCGGCGUCUAUGGCUCCUAGCUCCCAACACCAAGCCGACCAGGAGCUGGGCUAGCUUUCUGUGUCAACCCAACCCUUCAAAGCUGGUCGGCGUGAGAGGGCAACAGGCGAGUAACAGGCGCUUAUUCGACCACGGUCGCCCUCAUCAUCCCGGAGAGCAGCCUGACCCAGUCCUCACCUCGGACUCCCCCAAGCCCGGCGCCUGAGCUCGCAAACUUCUCUGCCUACUCCAGGUUCAGGCUCUGGCGCCCCAACGCAGCCGAGGCAGCGCGCGAGGAGGAAUCAUCUAGACAAGACAGAAGCUGUAAAGGCACCAAAAUAAGGACAGAAUGGCCAAUUGCUAGUGUUUGAUCCAAAGGAAAAAGUGAUGAUUGAACCAAAUGGAGCAAUGUCAGAGUGAAAUGAGCAAAAAUGUAGUCAUUACAGAGCAGGAGAAAAAUAAUGAAUAUUCCCCUGAGGAUACUGAUGACAAGUUGUCUGAAUCAACAGAUGAUGAUGGUGAGGAUGAUACCAAUGAUGAAGAUAAUGAGGAAGACAGUAACCCUAAUAAGGAUACUCAUGCCCCAUUAGAGUUAAUGACAGAAUUCCUGAGAUCAGAAAUGGGCCAAGACUACCAUCUGGCAAAAAAAUUAUGUCAGAAGAUCCUAAUCUAUGAACCAGAAAAUCCUGAGGCCAAGGAGUUUUCCUCACUUAUUGAAGAAAUGCUGCUGAUGGAGAAAGCUCAAAAUCUGGAGGAAGAUGAUGAAGAGAGUGAAGAGGACAGUAGUGGUGAGAGUGAAGGGGAGAGCAGUGAGGAUCCAAGUGAAGAAAGCUCUGAUGAAUGUGAAGAUGGGUGAUGACAGUUGCUGCUAUAGUUUAAUCUUCGUGUAUGUUCAUUACUGUAUACUAUGGAAAUACAAAGAAGAGAGCUGCAUUUCAGUCUAACUGCUCUUUAUUUGGUACAGAGUUCUUUUAAUUUAUCCAUAUUAGUUUGAGCUCCUUCUUAAUAUUUAGAUUUUAGCUCAAGGUGAGCUACUCAGAGAGGGAAGUAAUCAUUGAAAACACAUAGCACUAACUAUGUGCCAGGUGCUGUUCUAUAUACAUUAAUUUGUUGAAUCCAACAGACCUAUGAGGUUAGCACUAUUAUCAUUCCCAUUCAACAGAUGAGAAAACUGAGGCCCAGAGAGGGUGAGUCAUUUGCCCAGCAUCAUAUACCUGUUGAUCGGUAGAGCCUAGAUUUGCAUACGGACAUUAUGGCUCCAGAAUCCAUACUCCAAGCCCCUCCCAUGUCCACUACUUUAGGCAUUUUAUAUCAUUUGUUUCAUGUUCUUUAUAGCACAUAUCAGUACCUGAAGUUCUUAUUUAAUUAUUCUUUUUUUUAAGGUUUUAUUUUAUUUUAUUUUACUUUGGAGUAUAGUUGAUUUACAAUGUUGUGUUAGUUUCAGGUGUAAAGCAAAGUGAUUCAGUUAUACAUAUACCUAUUCUUUUUCAAAUUCUUUUCCCAUUUAUAUUAUUACAGGAUGUUGAGUAGAGUUCCCUGUGCUGUACAGUAGAUCCUUGUUGGUUAUCUAUUUUAAAUAUAGCAGUGUGUAUAUAUAUAUGUCAAUCCCAAACUUCCAAUUUAUCCCUCCCCUAAUUUAUUCUUUUAUCUUCUCCCUUCUUGUCAGAAAAUGUAACCUCCAUAAGCAGGACUUUGUCUUUUCACUGUUAUAUCCCUAGCAACUGGACAAGUGCCUGGAAAAUAACGGGAUGUGUAUACCAAGUGAAUGAAUGAGGUGAAAGUUAAUGACAAUGUUUAUAUUCUUUCAUAAAAUAUUUAUAAGACUUUAUUAUACUAUUUAUGUAUCAAUCUACAUUAUUUUGCUGAUUCUGUAUUCCUUGAUGAAUUUCCACCACCUUCAAAUUAGGUUGUAAGGUAACUGAUGUAAAAAUGAGAAAAAUAUUCCUAAAUAAUUUGUUUUGAGUGUGCCAAUCUGAUUUGGGGUUAGGCAGUUUGAAUUUUUAUUCUUAUAUCAGCAGAGUAUCAUGUCAUAUCCAAAAUGCUUAAAGCAUAACUCAUUCUUUGGGCAUUUUGUAGCAUGCUAACAUUCAGAGGGAGGAAUUAGGCCACACCAUUUUAUAGGAGUAUCUAAAAGAAGUGAAGACAGGUAUGUAUAAUCAUCUAGUUACAUAAAUAGUCAGACAGCACUGAAGGGCUGGCUGAUGGAGACCGCAAGAACCACUUGUUCUUUUCAUUUGUGGGGUGUUUGUUAUUCCUUCCUACCAUAGGAAAACCAUCGUAUGUCAAUCUGAUGUCACUUACCUGAUUUUGGAGCCCUCC